UAUGCUUUGUUUUGACUUGACGGCACCAAACAAUCCAGAAGAAAUAGAGGUUACUAUUGAUGCUUUAUGCAAUUCGCUGACUCUUGCAAAGUGCUUCCCAGGAUCCUCUAGACUUGCUUUCAUAGGACUUAUUAUCAUAAGAGAAAAACCUGGUGUCAUUUUUCCUCUACAAGAUUGGCGAGUACAUCCAGAGCUCUUACAGGAAGUCUGUAAAACUAUUAAGAAACUGGGUGAAGAGGAUUUUUCUAACGAGGCUUUCAAAGAAAUAAGUAUACCAGACGUUUUGGAUCAGGCUGUUGCAGAAUUUAAAAAAAGAGAACAGAGUAUUAUAAACGAUCUAUCUCAUUUAAAAUUGAGAAACUAUGCUGAUCUAGUUGAGAAAAUUCAAUUAUUUACUCUUAAGCCAAGCUUUUCCGGACGAGGUCGUAGAGUGUUACGAACAUAUCAUGAAUUUUUGAAUUUUGAUGUUGAUUCAAGCUCUAAUGAUGACUUGGAUACUUUCCGAAACUCUUUGACUGACAUUCAUUUUGAAUCUAUAGAAGAGUUGAAAAUAAGUCCAGAGGAGAGCGACAGCAGUACAAUAAUUGAAUUUUUUGAUGUAGUCAAUGAGCCUGUUCCCUUGAAUAGCUUAAUUUUAAAUUGGAUGCAGGAACCAGUAGGUGAAAAGGAACAUUUGCAACUCAAUAUUGAUACUGACAAUUCCCUUGAAUUAAAGUUUGACAUUCGAACCCGUUACCUCCCGUCUGCUGAAACAGAAUUUUCGAAAUAUUUUAAUUUGAUAGACGCCUUUCAACCUGUUAACGUAUUAAAGAAAAAUAAUUUUUUCCCACUUUCUGAUAUAGCUACUUUUUGUUUAAAUAUAUUGGAGAAAGUUCCUUCUAAUGGGAUAUGCUCUUCACUAAUAAGCAGCGAGAGUAUUGUUCUUGUUCCAACAUGCGCCACCAGUUAUGAUUGGUCAAAACUUGAAGAGAAUGCUUUUCUUAUUAAAGAAACCGCAGCUCACUUAAAAAGAUCGGAUGAAUGCCUUAUAGCAAAAUUAUCAGAAAUACAGACGGACGUAAAAUCGAAAAAUAAUAAUAAUCCCUCUGGUAUCUAUUUGCUGAAACCAGCCGAAAAUGUGUUCCUGGCUUGUGGAAUUGUUACUAAGGAGUUCUACCUUAACGACACUUUUAAUCAAACUAUUUUUGGAAAAAGGUGUUCUGAAACUAGAUGGAGUUUAAUGAAAAAUGCAAUAUCCAAAAUUCCAGUAAAAAGCUACUACAAUCCAUUAGACCAUUCAUCCAAUAUUUUCCAAAAAAUUCACAAUGUUAAUGCGUCAACGAAAUGUGGAGGAAAGAUUAAGACCAAAAAUAGGCAGAGAAAAGCAGCUACCUCUUUUGUUCGAGCAUCUAAAUUAGUGCCCAAAGUUAGUUGUGCUCCUCAAGUGUACGAAUAA